AAAAAAAAAAAAAAAACUGGUGUGGGAUCGAGGCGUCGCCGACCUCUCUACACCCGGCGGUCAUCCCCGUCCACCUCACGCGCUCAGACUUUCUUCGCCCCUUUUCUCUCACCGGUCGCUAUAACAAGUGACCUAAUUGCUCAGGUCACUGCUCUCCACUAGCCCCACAUGACCACCCCCGCUCCAACCCAAACCCCUCCGCCUCCCACUCCUCCCCCUCCACCCCCUCCUCCUCCGCCGCCGCCGCUUUCCCUGUCGAAGGAGACGCCGCCGGAUUCCGAUCUGACCUCGGCCAACGAUGGCACGUCUCGAGAGAGUAGGGCCGCGGAGGGAGACGCGAUCGUCGAGGCCGAGGGAGGGGUAGAGAAGAAGGCCGAGGAGGGAGAUCGCCUCAUGGACGGCGGGGACGCGCCCCCUCCGGCCCUCGCAACGGUUUUCCGAAUUCGGCUCAAGCAGCCGCCGUCCAGCCUUCGGCACAAGAUGAACGUCCCUGAUCUCUGCCGUAACUUCAGUGCAGUUGCUUGGUGCGGGAAGUUGAAUGCUAUUGCAUGCGCAUCAGAGACAUGCGCUAGAAUACCGAGUUCAACCACAAAUCCUCCAUUUUGGAUUCCGAUACACAUUGUCAACCCUGAACGACCUACAGAAUGUGCUGUCUUCAAUGUCAAAGCUGAUUCUCCUUGUGAUUCAGUCCAGUUUAUUGAAUGGUCGCCUAGGUCUUGCCGUCGUGCCUUAUUGGUUGGAAAUUUCCAGGGAAGGAUCACAAUAUGGAGUCAGCCCUGUCAAGGCCCGGUGAAUAUUGUACGAGAUGCUAGUUGCUGGCGAUGUGAAUAUGAGUGGAAACAAGAUCUUGCUGUUGUAACAAAAUGGCUAUCAGGGAUGAAUUCGUAUCGAUCUCUUCCUUCAAGCUCAAACACCUUGUCUACGAUGAUGUCAGCCUCUGAGGAGAAGUUUCUUUCAGAACAGUCUCAAACUUCAGUUAGAUGGCCUGCUUUUCUCUGUGUUUGCUCAGUUUUUUCAUCUGGCUCUGUCCAACUUCACUGGGCACGAUGGCCUGCUGCACAAAAUGAGCCAGCACCAAAAUGGUUAUAUACCAGCAAUGGGCUGCUAGGAGCAGGACCCAGUGGGAUAAUGGCUGCUGAUGUUAUCAUUACAGAAUCUGGAGUUAUGCAUGUCGCUGGGGUUCCUCUUGUAAAUCCUUCUACAGUAGUUGUGUGGGAGGUUAUGCCAGGCCCUGGAAAUGGUUUUCAAUCUUCAGCAAAAUUAACUGUGGGCUCUGCUAUUCCAUCAUCCUUAAAUCCUCCUUCUUGGACAGGUUUUGCACCUUUGGCUGCAUAUUUGUUUAGUGUGCAGGAGAAUUUAGAAAAGCUGAGAAAAAAUAUGACAGAUAAUGAGAUCAAUGAGGUUGCAUCACUUCAUUGCUCACCUGUUUCAAACUUUUCUGCCUAUGUUAGUCCCGAGGCUGCAGCGCAGUCUGCUGCAACAACUACGUGGGGUUCUGGAGUAACUGCAGUUGCUUUUGAUCCCACCCAAGGGGGGUCUGUCAUCACAGUGGUAAUUGUUGAAGGGCAAUACAUGUCUCCUUAUGAUCCAGAUGAAGGACCCUCAAUUACAGGGUGGAGAGUCCAAUGUUGGGAAUCUUCUCUUCAACCAGUUGUUCUUCAUCCCAUCUUUGGAAAUCCUGCCAACUUUGGUGGGCAACUACCUAUGCAGACAGUAUGGCUAACUAGAGUUAAUAAGAGUAUUCCACCAACUGAUGAUUUAAUAAAUCCUCAUGCUUGUUCGUCGAAGCCAACUGUAUCUGAUGAAUUGAACUCGUCAGAUUGUAGUGCUGAGAGAGCUAAUAGGCUUAGCUUUGAUCCAUACGAAGUACCAAAUGAUGUUAGACAACUAGCUCAAAUAGUCUAUUCAGCUCAUGGUGGAGAGAUUGCUGUCGCCUUUCUUAGGGGUGGAGUGCACAUAUUUUCUGGUGCAGACUUUGAUCCUGUUGAUAGUUAUCAUAUGAAUGUUGGUUCAACUAUUGCUGCACCUGCCUUCUCAUCUACUACCUGUUGCUUGGCUUCUGUUUGGCAUGACACAUUCAAGGACAGGACAAUACUAAAGAUAAUUCGUGUUCUGCCUCCUGCUAUUGCUAGUUCUCAAACAAAGAUCAACUCAGCAACUUGGGAACGAGCUAUUGCGAAUAGGUUCUGGUGGAGCCUUUUGGUCGGGGUUGAUUGGUGGGAUGCUGUUGGUUGUAGCCAAAGUGCUGCUGAGGAUGGUAUAGUGUCUCUUAAUAGUGUGAUCGCGGUGUUGGAUGCGGACUUCCAUUCUCUUCCGUCUAUUCAACACAGACAGCAACUCAGUCCAAACCUUGAUAGGAUAAAGUGCAGGCUUUUGGAAGGUACAAAUGCUCAAGAUGUCAGAGCACUUGUACUGGAUAUGCAAGCUAGGUUGUUAUUGGACAUGUUGGGUAAAGGAAUUGAAUCAGCCCUUGUGAAUCCUGCAACUUUAUUACCUGAACCUUGGCAAGCUUCUAGUGAGACAUUAUCUAACAUUGAUGCUGACAAAAUGGUUGUGGAGCAGGCUUUGGUUCCAAACAUACAGGCGUAUGUUGAUGCCAUCCUUGAUCUAGCCUCACAUUUCAUUACGCGCUUGCGUCGUUAUGCUAGUUUUUGUCGUACUUUGGCUAGCCAUGCUGUUGGAGCUUCUUCUGGUGCAAAUGGUGCACGAAAUAUGGUGGCAAGUCCUACUCACAGUUCUGCAUCUGCAACAAAUCAAGGCUCUCAAACUGGAGCUCCACCUACAGGUGGAAAUUCUCAAAUGCAAGCUUGGGUUCAAGGCGCCCUAGCUAAGAUUAGCAACAAUGCUGAUGGAGGUUCCUCAACUACACAAAAUCCAGUUAGUGGGCCAUCCCCCUUCAUGCCCAUUACCAUCAAUACAGGGACUUUUCCCGGAACACCUGCUGUCAGGCUUAUUGGAGAUUGCCAUUUUCUUCACAGGCUUUGCCAAUUGUUGCUUUUUUGUCUAAUCUUCCGGCGAAGACAGUCACCACGUUUCAUUGGAAAUAUUCAGAAAAAUCCAGAUUCUACCUUGCAGAAAGUUCAAACUAUUUCCAAUGGAAGAGUAGAGGAAAACAGUGCAGUUAGCAGACCAUCUAUGGGUGUCACAAAAACUGAAGAAGUCCAGCCAUAUAGGUCCGGACAGAUGUCAGUUGGAGCAAAAGGGAUUGAAGAAGCUUCUAUCAGCAAGUCAACUAGGUACGGUUCUGGCAAUGCAGGGCAAGGGUACACGUCGGAGGAGGUGAAGGUUCUCUUCCUCAUUCUGGUAGAUCUUUGUCGGAGAACAGCUCCUCUGCAGCACCCAUUACCUGCUUCUCAGGUUGGCUCCAGCAAUAUAAUUAUACGAUUGCACUAUAUUGAUGGCAGCUACACUGUGCUACCUGAAGUUGUGGAAGCAUCACUCAGUCCGCACAUGCAGAAUAUGCCUCGUCCUAGAGGAGCUGAUGCUGCUGGGCUUUUACUUCGUGAGCUAGAGUUGCAUCCUCCAUCUGAAGACUGGCACAGACGAAAUAUGUUUGGUGGUCCUUGGUCAGAUCCAGAUGAUUUUGGUCCUUUGGAUAACAAAGAUAAGUCUAAUCUGGGGGAAUCUAUGAUUUCUUCAGUACCUAAUUCAGUAGAACGCUAUAAUGACUACUCUGGAGCUCAAGGCCUCUGGCCAAGGAAGCGUAGAUUCUCCGAGAGGGAUGCGGCAUUUGGAUUGAAGACUUCUGUGGGUCUAGGAUCCUAUCUCGGCAUUAUGGGAUCUCGCAGGGAUGUCAUCGCAGCUGUCUGGAAAACUGGUCUUGAAGGAGUCUGGUACAAGUGUAUAAGAUGUUUGCGCCAGACUUGUGCAUUUGCACAAUUCCAUGAUUCAAAUCCUGCAAAUGUACAAGUUCAUGAUUCAAAUCCUGCAAAUGAACGCGAAGCAUGGUGGAUCAGUCGGUGGGCUCACGGCUGCCCUAUGUGCGGUGGCUCUUGGGUACGAGUAGUCUAGGUGAGUAUGAUAUCAUUCGGUGCGAGAUUUUCCUCGGUGGUCUUCCUUCAUCCUAGUGUUCCAAAUGCAAACAAGAAUCUCGUAGCCCAGUUUAGACCCGCGUAGUGCUUGUAAUUGUAUACUUGAAACCGAGAGGAAGAUCUUCCAACUACCUCGAUUAGUUUCGUGGCCCGAUAUAAAUUUAUUCCAGUAGAUAAAUUGUAUUGGAGAGUUCUGAUCUCUUUAUGUAAAGAUAGUAGAGCAAAUUUCUCUAAAUGUAUGUGUAUGACAAAUGAAACAAAAUGCUUCUUGAGCAUUUUGGAUGAAGAUUAAUAUGAGGUAUGUUAUGAAAAAAAAUCUGUUAAGAUUUUUCGUAAUAAAAUUUUAUUAAGAUUUUAUAUAA